AGAAGAAGAAAGAGAAGAAAAACCAUUGAGAAGAAUAAGAACUCUUCAGCAGAAGGUGAAAGUGAAGGAGGAAACAAAGGAAGAUUUAAAGCAACAGAAAAAGAAGAUACGUGUGAAAGAAAAGGAAGACGAGGAAGAGUGGAGACCCAAUAAAAUUGUCAAUAGCGACGGCAGUGAAACUGAUGAGAGGACUGAGAUGACCAAUAUCCCAUAUAAAACGGGUAAACUGAAGCGCUCUCAAGGCUGUGGGACGUGUGCGCCGUGCCAGCGAAGUGACUGUGAUCGAUGCAUCUUCUGCAUGGACAAGCCCAGGAACGGCGGACUCAACCGGAAAAAACAGAAGUGCAAGUACCGUCGGUGUCUUAACAUGCCAACCAAAAAGGACUUGAGAACCAUCCUUUACAAAAAACGGAAAGGUGAACAAUAUGGCCCGAGCGUUCUCAUUAGUCCAGGACCAGGAAGGGUUACUAAUGGACCAGGUGACAUACCAGAAAUUGGACUAGGUGGUCUACCGGGAAGUGUUCCAGUUGGUCCAGCUGGUAUUCCACUUGGCACAGGCGUUUCAGUUUUACCAGGAGCUGUAGCCAGACAUCCAUCCGAAUAUUUCAUUUUCGGAAAGAAGCGAUCACAAUGGCAUUCUCUAAAAUCAGGAAGUGAACAUACUAGGGGUCGCGGAAGGGGUCGCGGAAAGGGCAGAGGUCGGCCACCUAAACGGAGCCAAUGGAGCAAUGUUCCCUUAAGCGAUACUCCAGCGACGGAUGACACUGAUGAAGAUGAGGGACCUGUGUACUUCACUAACCCCCUGCAUCUAGAGGAGGAAGAGGGUGAGGACGGAGGGGUGUGGAGGGAACUGCAGGAGAGAGACAAUGACCAAGAGGGAACAGAUCAAAUUAUACAGAUGUCUCCAUCCUGUAUGCCUGCAACCCUCAGUAAUGGUGUGUUUGGGUCAGAGGAAGCCUACAUCAGCAGCUCUAGCCAGCCCUACCCACAAAGCUGUUACCAAGGAGACCAUGGCAACCUCAAGGUUAUUAGGAUGAAUGGCCACCAGAUCACCUCCAUCAUCCCUGGUCCUACCCUUGCUUCUUCGGCAAUGCCAGUCAUUUAUCCAGCACCAGAAGACUACCUGAGGUCGGAACCUCCUUCCAUACAUUACCUGAGGUCGGAACCUCCACCAGUUAAUAACCUGAGGUCGGAACCUCCGUCCAUACAUUACCUGAGGUCAGAACCACCUUCCAUACAUUACCUGAGGUCGGAACCUCCACCAGUUAACAACCUGAGGUCGGAACCUCCACCAGUUAACAACCUGAGGUCGGAACCUCCUUCCGUACAUUACCUGAGGUCGGAACCUCCACCAGUUAACAACCUGAGGUCGGAACCUCCACCAGUUAACAACCUGAGGUCGGAACCUCCACCAGUUAACAACCUGAGGUCGGAACCUCCACCAGUUAACAACCUGAGGUCGGAACCUCCUUCCGUACAUUACCUGAGGUCGGAACCUCCACCAGUUAACAACUUGAGGUCGGAACCUCCACCAGUUAACAACCUGAGGUCGGAACCUCCGUCUGUAAGUUCCAUGAGCCCUUCCCGGACCCCCUCUGGAGGUUUUCCACCAGGCUACACUGAAGAACUACAGCUAGUGGAGCUGUAUGCAGAGGUACCUCGGACCAUCAUCAACCUCGGUGCACCUGACCCGUCAGAGUUCCCCGGGUCAAAGGUCACAUCCAGGCUGACUCCUGAGGUUGAAGAUUUCAAUUCUGACGAAAUCACUCCAGUGAUAACAGACACCUUCAGUCUAGCGGUUGGUCCCGAGAGUGGCGGUGAGGAUCGGGAUGCGGAACUGUUUGGGUUCCUCCGGGCCCUGCGGAGGACUGUCCUACCGGCCCACUGGGUCGGGGUGAUGGCCCACGGCCCCCUCCUUCAGCUGCUCCAGUGUUCCAAACUCUCGACCAUGGCGGACACGGUCCUUCAGAUCCAGCCGGGUUUCUGUUACCAGGUUACGGUACAGGGCCAACCGCUGUUGCUGACUCACCCACUGUACGACGCCCACCCCCCCCGCCUCACCUCCAUCCCCCAGCUUGUGACUCUCCUCCUGGAUCUGGAGACCCGUGUCGUCUGCCCUGGUUUCCCCGUCCCGCCCCCCCCCCCCUGGAGACACAAGCAAGCAGGUUCUGGAGCUGGUCCAGUGUGUGAGAGCCAUGGCCUGCGACCUCCUGGUGCCCCAGGAGGAGGAGCGCUGUGGGAGGUGCAGCAUCACCGUGGUGGAGGAGGACCUGGGUCCGGUGGAGGAGCUGGAAUUUGAAUGUAUGGAGGACGAGUGGGUGUAGCGUAUUGACUGUCUGGGUUUCAACCCUGAGGACAAGCCUGGGUCGAGCCCGAUCAACUUCAGCCUGCUUAGGUUUACUUGUUAUGCCAGCGAGGUUCACGGAGUCACCCGGCCCACACAAAGAACCCUGGGUCAUCUGGAAGAGGCGAGAGUGUGUUAGCCCAUUGAGCUAAAGGAACUACAAGGCCGUGGCAGGUUACUCGUCUUGCAAACAUGGUUCACUUGGUUUUUGGUGAGCCAGAAUGUGGAUUGGUGUGCCUCCAACCAACACAGAGGUUUCUGCAACUGGAGACAACUGACAUUGAGUAUGGUGCUUCUUAAAGAUACUGGGACAAUGGAAUUGUUUUGUUCUGCUCAUUGACCGUUUAUGGCUCCGGACGUGACUGGGUGAAUUCCAACAUGGGGGGGUUAGUUUGAACAAAGGCCAACUGGUGCUGCUCUUUACAACUUCCUUCUCGUGACUUUGGCCGUUAAUUCUGUUGUCAUGUCAAUGUGAUUGUGCAAUCAACAUGACUACCUCUUCGGUUUUGGGAACAGUCAUUUCUUUUCUUUUUGUUUUUUUCAUCCAUAUUCCCUGUGUUGUUGUUUUCCUUGGUUUGGUAUAUGGCUGUAGACUCCUAAAAUACCCCUAAUAGUAGUAUUCAGUAAGAUUUAGCCGAAUCUUUUAUCCACAAAACGCUUUGCAUUUCUGUCAUGAGUGCAUCCAGGGAUGCAUAUUAACGUGGUUGUUUUUGGACGGCAUUUGUAGAAUGAUUUUUGUUUGAAAUCUUUCAAAUAUCAAACAUUGAUCUAUUCUAGCCAGAAGGGCUGGUAACCAGAAACCUUAAAUUAAAUUCCUGAGUGCACACAUUUAAGGAAUCCUGGCGUAGCAAAGCGCCACUCUGUACAACUCUGUAUAAUUCUUUAUAUUUACAGUAGUCUACCACCAUAUUUUCAGCCAAAUCCCCUCCCUGCCUGCCCAUCCUGUUCAUCCAGAGAAAACGCAGCUUAUUCGGGGUUACAAUUUAAAUUGGGCAUUAAUAAUUGUCAACCAACCAUGUCAAACAUCUUUCCUGCCUUCAGUCUAAUUUCUGUUAUCUUCCUAAGCAGGUAACAUAUUGAACAUGUUAAAAGUUCACUAGUGUGUUAAAAAUGCUAGACUGCCAUCAUGGCCUUUAAACAUCUGGAGUGUGGACACAGUGUCCAAAUGAGCCUCCUUCCCGCUGCUGCUGCUACUGUUACUACUAAAACUAUUACUACUAAAACUAUUAGUACUACUGUUUCCGUCCUGUGAAUCAGAAUUGGGGUCAAAUCGAGUCAUUCCCCUGAGCAAAGAUUUGCCCAGCAUUGAUAAGAUCCUCUCUUCUUUAUACCGUUUGGAACUGUGAUAUAUCACAUUUUGUGCUACUGUCUUAAAAUGCUUGUCUGCUUGCGUGUGGUCAUGGGCAGUGUUCCCACCCGUUGGCCCAAGCUGGAGGAAAAUAUAAAUAUUUGACAGAAAAUAAAAAGCAUUCCUCGAUUCUGGAAGUUUUGAUUGAAAGUCAGUAUUUUCAAAAGAAGGACAUAAUUGGCUUACUAAAAUUCAUUAAAGAUAUAUGCAAUAUUUUUCUGCAACUAACUCUUCUCUUACUUGAAUUGCCUUCCUAUAAUUGGAAAUGACCCUGAUGCUGUGUGUUGCCUGGUAAAACCAUAUGAAUGCUGCCACUGGUCAGCCAAGUGUUUAUUCUGUCAAUACCAGGCCAGGAGCCGGGUAAUACCAGGCCGGGAGCAGGGUAAUACCAGGCCGGGAGCAGGGUAAUACCAGGCCAGGAGCCGGGUAAUACCAGGCCAGGAGCAGGGUAAUACCAGGCCAGGAGCAGGGUAAUACCUGGCCAGGAGCAGGGUAAUACCAGGCCAGGAGCAAAAUUCUGACAACUCUCAGUACAUUCCCUUGUUUUCCAGAUAUACUGGUUGGAGGAUUCUGGAUUUCCUGCUUAUUUCAUUCUGAUUGUGUGAAUCUCUCUAGCUUGGAGACAUUAAUCACAGUAAUCUGAUGGAAAUGUAACUAACAGGGAUUUUCCAUCGCCUUUUAUGUCUCAUUAAUCUAAGCUGUUGGUAUUUUCUCGCUUAGUUGAACAUGUGUAUACAGAUCCCUAUAUUUAGAGAGUUGGAUAACUAUUUUUUAAUUUUGGACAUUAUCCUAUUUUUAGAAAACGUGGUUGCAUAGUGUUUAGUGUGUAGUUACUGGGAAUUGUUGAUUCUACGGGCCGCCAUUAAAUGUUAGUGUCCCAAUGCAGAAACAACGUUGUCCCAACUCUGAAUGUGUGGUGUGGUUUGUAUCAAGACAUUGAUUGUACAAAAAAGAAAGUGUGAGAAAGUGAACUGAAUAUAUGGAGAGGGAAAUAAACGACUAUCUCAACAAUAAAUCCUGCUGUAACUCUGGAGUAAAGUGACGGAGCCCGACGUCUCUGAUGGAAGACAUGGUCAUGAUCGUUAGGAUCAGAGUAGAGGGGUAGGAGUAAGGUUGGAGAAGCUGAACCCAUUUCUGUACUAGGAGCAUCUUCACCAGACACUGUAAUUCUACCUCCAAAGUAUGUUUUUGUAUUUGUAUUUUUCUUUUUUUAAAUUCAAAGUAUCUGUAUUAAACCUUAAAUACUUUAUACAAA